UGUUGUUUGGCGUGGGCUGCCUGGCGCGCAGGCAUAGCCGACUGAAGACAACUCACUUUCGAAACAACCCACGGUUAAAACUAACGUUGACAGAAAACGUCUCUUAAUUACCAACCAUGGAGGACGCACUAUCGAUCAUUAAAAUGGAGGAGGACUGUGACAAUUGUCUGCUCAGUGAGGACGGGGUAGUUGUGUUUUCUUCAGGUGCUUUGGAUUGCAAGGUUGAGACCGACUCAACUGGUUGGUCGUCAUCAUAUGCCUCCUCUAAUGGGACAUUGUCGACAACAGAAGCAAAGGUUUUCAAAGAAGAGAACUGUGAAUCGUUACUUUUCCCGAUGCCCAUCAAAUGCGACAUUGAAGAGACAACAGCGAAGGCCGAAGACUACCUGGAAGAAAGUGGUGAUGGUGCUUUGAAGAUAGGUGGAGCUGACCCCCUUUGCACAGAGCAGACCUCCUCAUCUGCAGGCAUCAAAGCUGAACUGCAGCAGGGUCAAGAUGGAUCAGCCGUGGCUCCUGUCCUGAGCUCUGAGAUGAAUCAUCCUCAUCCAGAUCUAGUGUCACGGUACCAGCUGAAGAAGAUAUCAGUGAGACUGGUAGACUGCUGUACAAGACUUCGUCAAGAAGGAACGAAUGGCAAGAAAAACAAAGAUGGGGAGAAACCUGAACCUGUCUUGUGUGGUGGGCCAGGAACGGAACCAAUUACAUCUGUAAUUCCCCAAUCCACGGCUGUCCCAGUAAUAACGACGCAUGCACUAACAGAGAAACACUGCCGUUCUCUUUGUGGUGAGCACUUCAAUGCCAGGACAAGUCUGACAGCACACCAGCUCAUCCACAGAGGAAAGAAGUCCUACGUCUGCCAACACUGUGGCAAAAACCUUUCAAGUGCAACAAAGCUCAAAGCGCACCAACACAUUCACACAGGAGAGAGGGCCUAUGCCUGCCAACAUUGUGACAAAAGCUUUUCAAGCGCAACAAAACUCAAAGUGCACAACCGCGUUCACACAGGAGAGAGACCCUAUGCCUGCUACCAGUGUGGGAAAUGUUUUACAGUGGCAGCGACUCUCAAAAAACACCAACGCAUUCACACAGGAGAGAGGCCCUAUGCCUGCCAGCAUUGUGGCAAAAGUUUUUCACGGGCGGAGGAUCUCAAACGACACCAACUCAUUCACACAGGAGAGAAGUCAUAUGUUUGCCACCAGUGUAGUAAACGGUUUUCAAAGGCAGAACAGCUCAGACGACACCAACUCAUUCACACAGGAGAGAGGCCCUACCCCUGCCAGCAAUGUGGCAAACAUUUUUCACGGGCAGAACAUCUCAAAAAACACCAACACAUUCACACAGGAGAGAGGCCCUAUGCCUGCCAUCAGUGUGGUCAACGUUUUACAGUGGCGGCAAAUCUCAAAGUACACCAGCUCAUUCACACAGGAGAGAGGCCCUAUGUCUGCCAGCAUUGUGGUAAAAGUUUUUCAGCGGCAGGGAAUCUCAAACGACACAACCGCACUCACACGGGAGAGAGGCCCUAUGUCUGCCAAAAUUGUGGUAAAUGUUUUUCAGAUGGAGGGAGUUUCCGACGACACCAACGCAUUCACACAAGAGACAAGCCUUAGGGCCUGUUCUCAUAUUUCUGGUGACUGCGUUGACGUGAACGCAUUCAAUUCAUUUUCAAUGGCAUGUGACCACGUCCUCGCAAAGGCUCCUUGGAUAGCGGCACGGCAACUUUGACAGUUGACACACGUCAAAAAGUAAAGCUGCCUCAAAGUUUAUGGAAAGUGCUCACGCCAGACGCCGUGUGUCGUCCAAUGAAUAUACAGAAGGUCGGUCAUUAUGAAAUGAAAUAUGAUAUGAAAAUAUAAUAUGAAUUCUGUAAUGAAAUCUGAUACCCUGUGGGAAAAAAUAAAAUCCUUCAAAAAGGAAAAUGGAGGAGCGUUUGAUUGUCGGGGGAACCCAAUACUUGUCCUUGACCUCAUACAGGAAGAAGGCGCUAGAAAACGAGGCCUGGAAGAAAGUGGUAGAGAUUGU